AUGACGUCGUUGGGUCAAACUAUUCUACCGUAUCUCUCAUUCACUGCUCUUUCAUCUACAGUCGCAUUUUUCUUAUGCGGCCUACAAAUUUGUCAUCGCAUAAAAACUCGUGGAUCGUCUGAAGGCACCAGCCCUGCUCCCUUUCUUCUUUCAUUUUUGUCGUGUGGUUUGUUCAUUCAAUAUGGACUGCUUAAAGAUGAUGAUAUUAUCACUUUUACGAACGGAAUAGGAUGUUUUCUACAGGGCUGCUAUCUCCUAUAUUUUUACAAAUUAACGAGGAAUAGGAAAUUCCUGAAUAAGGUGAUCGCUAUUGAGAUGUGUAUUAUCGGAAUAGUUGUGUAUUGGGUUCGCCACUCCUCAAAUUCUCAUUUGACGAAGCAAACCUAUGUUGGUAACUACUGUAUUUUCCUUAACAUCUGUAGUGUUGCUGCUCCAUUGUUCGAUAUAGGAAAGGUUGUUCGAAAUAAAUCAAGCGAAUCGUUGCCUCUUCCUCUUUGCAUUGCGUGUUUUGUGGUCUGCUUCCAGUGGAUGUUCUAUGGGUACAUCGUUGAUGAUAUUGUUAUCUUGGUUCCUAACGUUAUUGCUACGAUUAUCUCGAUUCUGCAACUUUCACUAUUCAUCAUAUAUCCGGGUUCUCCAAAAGGAGUAUUUCCUGAGAAAUACGAGCACAUCUAA